AUGCCUGAAGCAACAUGGAACAAUCCUCCUAACACUAUAGACUUCAUGGCCGCUCUAGGAAAUAUGGCCGCCACGAAGCAAGCGACAGCCGAAGCUCUAGGAAAUAAAAUAAGUAAUGGGAACAAUGGCAACAACGGCGAUGAUGGUCCUAUGACGCUUUCUUCCUUGCUGAAGGCUCAGCAGGUUCCUGAUGAACAGUGGGUUGAGUUUGGAACCUACCAGCUGCAGGGUGAGGCUCAGCAUUGGUGGCAGGGCAAGAGGCUUAGAAAUGCAAAGGAACUUGAAUUGCUUCAGCUAAAACAUGGCCAGAUGACCAUUACUGAGUACACAAGCAAAUUUGAGGAACUGUGCCAUUUUUCACGUAUUUGUGGGGGAGCUCCUGAGGACUUUGCUGAGUGGAAGUGUAUCAAGUAUGAGGGAGGUCUUAGGAGCGAUAUUCUGAGCUUUGUUGCACCGAUGGAGAUCCGAACCUUCUCUGAACUGGUAAACAAAACCAGAGUUGCUGAAGAAUGUCUGAGAAAGGCGGCAUUAGAUAAGAGUGACCACCGAAGCUCUAUUAAGGAAGAUCACAGAAGAAAUUUUGUGCCUAGAGCUCAAGAUUUCAAGCGAGGUGGCAAUAUUCCACAGCAACAUCAAGGCCAGAAUAGCUUCUGGAGGUUCAAUAAUAACAAUAACCAGGGAAGAGGACACAGAAAACAGGCUCAGUUACCGCAGGACGACUUGACUUGCAGGAGGUGUGGAAGAUACCACCCGAACACUCCGUGUAGGGCCGGUUGGGAUGUCUAUUAUUACUGUGGAAGAGCCGGGCAUAUGUCCUGA